UUUAAUAAUGGGGUGCUGCUUUGUAGGUUUUAUUUUUUAAGUCAAGGGUGAAAAGAAUAACCCCCAAUCCCCACAUAAAGACGCGUCAGAACCCUAGAUCUGAGAUGGAAAAGGCUCACAGCGCACUUUGCAAACUGCAAAGAGUCGGGAGAUGUUUGCAGUUGGUUGUGCGAGUGGAGCGCAGGGAGGGAACGAACGCGGCAGGCAGGGUAGGCUUUGGACCUGGGGAGGGGUGAUGCACCGCUCAGUGCAACGUGUAUGCGGUAGCGGGACUGAGAACUUUGAGCCGGCCCCCGGGACUGUCCCCUGCUCGGGUUCCUGACCUGAAGCUAGCGCAGUUAGGCAGGUGGGGGAAAUCCCGGAGAAGCUUCUAGUAGCCUCCUUUCCUUUCCUCCUCCUUCGAAGCGCCCACUUUGGUGCCGGGGCGCCCUCCACCCAUCGGGAAGAGGGGCCUCGAACCCUCGGUCGCGCUGCCUCCGCCUCCUGCGCGGAGACGUAACGGGGGACCCGUGCGUAACGGCUGACGCGCUGGAAUCCUCCGUCUGACGCGGGGCACGCACGGCGCGCGGCGCCCCCUUCGUCCGCCCCGCCCCUGACGUCCCGGGAGCGUUCUAUUUUGGAACGCCGGGGCCACGUUGCUAAGGGAGGGGGUAGCCCGGCAUUUCUAUUGGCCGCCGGGGCGCGGGCCUUGGCCAAUCAGCGUUCUCUUCCUAUUUGUAGAGUGCAGUUUCCUUCCCCCUCUCUGUCCCCGGAACCCGUGGUUCUUUGGCGGCUGGGUCUCUUUUCGGCACCUCUAGAAAGGCAGAGCGAGGGGAUCCCUGUCUUGACAAGAGCGGCUUUCUGCGAUCCAAUGGAUCUGCGAGGCCCUUGCAGGGAUCUGGUCCCUGGGCUCUCAGGAGCAGGGAGUGUCUGUCUGUGUGCCGGCAUUUCUUGGGGAGAUACGGUGGCUGUCACCCUCUUCUCCAGGCACACAGAGACACGCUCCCACUCUGUCUGCUCCGGAUGCCCGGUCCCUGCGGUGUGUCCCAAGACCUGACUAGAACCGGGAACGAAAGGGCAACCAGCCAGGUGGUCUCCAGGAGCUCCGCCCCCUCUGGGUUCCCAGGACGCUGAUUGGCCGGCGAGCCAGCCCAUCCCUCACCACGCCCCCCGAGAGAGUAGUUAAGCCUUCAGAGCAGUGCCCGGAGUCCAUUUACGGGAGGGGGGAGAUGAGCGCUGCUGAGGCUUGGGGGCUCAGGUCCCGAACCAUCGUCCUCCGCGACAAUCUGAGGGAGGCCCGGUGGUUACUUUUCUCUACCUGUCCGUUCACCCUACCCCGUGACUCGUCAGUCGCACUCUGAAAAGAGACAGUAACUUGAAACGUUGUUCUAAACUCCUAGGCCCGUCCCCCAAACAUCCUUUUUACUGGGACCCCCGCCCCUGCAUGGGACCUCGCGCAGAGGGGUGUGUGUGUGUGUGUGAGUGUAGAGAAAGGCUUGGCCUAAGGCCUCUCCUUCUCCCUCCCCUUGUCUCUGGGGUGGGGGUGGGGUGUUGUGGCUGUGUGUGUGGCUGUGGCUCCGUCCCGGGGGUUCUGUCAUCCGGCUGUGUCCAGCCUCCUCUCCACCCCCCACACCUAAGAGUCACCAAGCCGGGGUGUGAUUCACCACCCGCUGGAACCGUGCAACCUUUCCCCGAGGAAGAAGGAGGAGGAGUGCGCCGGUCUCGGGGAAAUGCCCGGUUCCUUCGUGCCCACGGUCACCGCGAUCACAACCAGCCAGGAUCUCCAGUGGCUUGUGCAACCCACCCUCAUCUCUUCUAUGGCCCAGUCCCAGGGGCAGCCACUGGCCUCCCAGCCCCCGGUCGUUGACCCCUACGACAUGCCGGGAACCAGCUACUCCACACCAGGCAUAAGUGGCUACAGCAGUGGCGGAGCAAGUGGCAGUGGCGGGCCUUCCACCAGCGGAACCACCAGUGGGCCUGGGCCUGCCCGCCCAGCUCGAGCCCGGCCUAGGAGACCCCGAGAGGAGACGCUCACCCCAGAGGAAGAGGAGAAGCGAAGGGUGCGCCGGGAACGAAAUAAACUAGCAGCAGCUAAAUGCAGGAACCGGCGGAGGGAGCUGACCGACCGACUCCAGGCGGAGACAGAUCAGUUGGAGGAAGAAAAAGCAGAACUGGAGUCGGAGAUCGCCGAGCUCCAAAAGGAGAAGGAACGUCUGGAGUUUGUGCUGGUGGCCCACAAACCGGGCUGCAAGAUCCCCUACGAAGAGGGGCCCGGGCCGGGCCCGCUGGCGGAGGUGAGAGAUUUGCCGGGCUCAGUGCCGGCUAAGGAAGAUGGCUUCAGCUGGCUGCUGCCGCCCCCGCCACCACCGCCCCUGCCCUUCCAGACCAGCCAAGACGCACCCCCCAACCUGACAGCUUCUCUCUUUACACACAGUGAAGUUCAAGUCCUCGGCGACCCCUUCCCCGUUGUUAACCCUUCGUACACUUCUUCGUUUGUCCUCACCUGCCCGGAGGUCUCCGCGUUCCCCGGCGCCCAGCGCACCAGCGGCAGUGACCAGCCUUCCGAUCCCCUGAACUCGCCCUCCCUCCUUGCUCUGUGAACUCUUUAGACACACAUAACAAACAAACACACGAGGGAGAGAGACUUGGAAGAGGAGGAGGAGGAGGAGGAGGAGGAGAGAGAGGGGAAGAGACAAAGUGGGCGUGUGGCCUCCCUGGCUCCUCCGUCUGACCCUCUGCGGCCGCUGCGCCAUGCCAUCGGACAGGAGGAUUCCUUGUCUUUUGUCCAGCCUCUUGUUUCUGUGCCCCGGCGAGGCCGGAGAGCUGGUGACUUUGGGAGCAGGGGGUGGGAAGGGGAUGGACACCCCCAGCUGCCUGUUGUCUCUCUGACGUCAACCUAAGCUCUGGGGAUGGGUGGGGAUGGGGGGGGGUGACGCCCACCUUCGGGCAGUCCUGUGUGAGGAUGAGGGGACUGGGUGGGAGGUGGGCUGAGGGGGCGGGCUGGAGUCCUCUCCAGAGAGGCUCAACAAGGAAAAAUGCCACCCCCCACCCAGCGUCUCCUACACCCACCCUUUUAGGGGGUGCCUACGUUGGUUUCCCCUGUACUCCCGACUUUAGCUUAUUUAUCCCACAUUUCCAUGGGGUUAGAUCCUCUUUCCCUCUGGGCAGAAUUGAGCCCCCCCUUAAAGGGAAUUCGAUGCCCUCCCAGAAUAAUCUCACCCUGACCAGACUUCUUUUGAAAUGUGAACGUCCUUCCCUGACUGUCUAGCCACGCCCUCCCAGGAAAACUGGCUCUGAUUGGAAUCUCUGGCCUCCUAAGGCUCCCCACCCCGAAAUCGGCCCCCAGCCCUGUUUCUGAUGACAGUGUUAUCCCAAGCCCCUGGCCCCUGCCAGCCGACCCUCCUGGCCUUCCUCCUUGGGCCGCUCUGAUUUCAGGCAGCAGGGGGUGCUGUGAUGCCGUCCUGCUGGAGUGAUUUAUACUGUGAAAUGAGUUGGCCAGAUUGUGGGGUGCAGCUGGGUGGGGCAGCACCCCUCUGGAGGAAUAAUGCACCCCACUCCCUAAAGCCUCUCCUCAGUCUCCUCUCCAUCCAUCCCCCUUCUCCCUCCCCUCAACAGUGAGUUAGACUCGAGGGGGGGUGACCGAACUGAGAAGGGGAUGGCAGUCCUCCAUCUAUGUGGCCUCUCUCUCUCUCCUCAGGACCCUCAGCCCUAAGCCCUGGCCUUUUUCUUCAAGGCCCCUGACCCAUCCCCAGCCUAGGACGCCACCUUCUCCCAUCCCUUGGCCCCCCCACAUCCUCUCUAGGAAGGGAGCAAGGGGGUGUGACAUUUUUUUCCGGAGAAGAUUUCAGGGCUGAGGCUUUAGUACCCCUAAACCCCCAAUAUUUUUGGACUGGCAAACUCAUGGGGCUGGAAUCUCACGAUCCCAUGCCCAAGUGCCCCCAGCCCCAACCCUGGUUUUAGCUCUUCCACCCCCGCCGUUCCCUGCGCUUCAUCUCAUGAGGAUUUCUUUAUGAGGCAAAUUUAUAUUUUUUAAUAUCGGGGGGGGUGGGCCAUGCCGCCCUCCAUCCGUGCUGCAUGAAAAACAUUCCACGUGCCCCUUGUCACGAGUCUCCCAUCCCGAUCCCAGACCCAUUCCGUAGCUAUUUAUCCCUUUCCUGGUUUCUGAAAGGCAAUUAUAUCUAUUAUGUAUAAAUAAAUAUAUUAUAUAUGGGUAUGUGUGUGUGCGUGCGCGUGUGCGUGAGUGUGUGAGCGCUUCUGCAACCUCGGCCUAGAUCAUGUUGGCCCUCCAAGCGAGCCAUUGAAUUGGAAACGCUUCUAGGAAACUCUGGCUGGCUCAGCCUGUCUCGGGCUGACCCUUUUCCGAUCGUCCCGGCCCCUCUGAUCGUUCCUGACGGUCUCCUUCCUUCCGUCUUUUCUCCUCACCCAUGUUCAUCUGACCAUUUCCACCUGUCUCCUUUGUGACUGUCCCUGCGGACGCCCCAGCUGUUGUCUGACUCUGGGUUCACUGAGGACAUGAGAUUUUACUUUCUGUGAGGAAGCCCGAGGGAUCGUAGAUUUUUACAAUCUGUGAGAAUUCUGGGUGCGAGUGUGAGAAUGUGAGCAGGGCCUGCCCCUGCCAAUCACAAUUCAGCGAAUCCCUGGCCCCCCCCCACCCCCUGCUGUAUUUGUGGUUCUCUUUUUAUAUUUUGCACCUGACCCCGGGGGGAGGCUGGGGCAGACUGGCGAUGGGCCGUCCCCUCUCCCUUGGUUCUGCACUGUUGCCAAUAAAAAGCUCUUUAAAAACGCA